AUGCGCAUCAGUCCAAGGAAUACACGACAGCCAUCGUACCGAGGCGGUCAGGGUUUCUUCCAACACCCACAGCAACAACUAUACCUACAACAACAACAACAACAACAACAACUCGCACGCCAUGCCGUGAAUAUCAGUCCACUAAGCGGCAGUCGCAGUCCUAAUUCAGGAGCCUCCUCCGCUUAUCAUGAUCGCCACGUCACAGUACGUUUGGUUUGUCCAUGUUCAAAUAUGGUGAUCUGCACACGAUUGAACCGCGUGGUGCCAACGGCUGCAAGAGCCCAAAAUGGUGCGGCUGUCUGCGAAGAAUAUAUGUAUAAGCAAACUUGUCCUCUUGGUGAAUAUUGCCCUAAGGUUCAUGUCGCACAAGAAUACACGUGGCAGUAUAUUACACAAGAUAUUAAUAAAAACACAGGUCUCUACGAAGCUGGAUUUUUUGUUCAAUGCUAUGAUCCACGAAUGACACGUUAUUACAAUAUUCCAAGUGAAUUUAUAUUACCUACACGUGGAAGCAACGAGUAUGUGAGAAUGCAUAAUGAACACGGUGAUAAUUUUAAGGCCAAGUUUAAACUUUGUGAGGCUAUGACCAUACAAGGGAAAUGUGAUUUUGGUGCUACUUGUGAAGAUAUUCACACCGUCUUUGAGGACCUCUCUGUUGUGGAAAGCACCACGACACACAUUGCUGAACCUGAAAUGCUCAUUCAUUACCCUCGUCUUCGACCUGAUAUUAUUGUGCGUGUGUUUGAGCAGAACAGCAACGAGUCCUUUGUAGACUACCCAGGAGAUCAGGUGUUGAUGACAUUGGGAUCCCGCCAAUACAUGACGGCAUAUGAUGCGGAAGGAACCAUUCCAAAGAAGAAGAUGCAGCAUUGUGCCCAUUUCCGCACGAAACACUUAUGUCGAAUGGGUGAGAACUGCCGUUUCUUGCAUGUUGUCGCCGGCCUCAACUCUUCCCUCGGCAAUUCUCUCAACAGCGGUAUCACACUCCACGGCGUCUCCCGCGGCGACUCCCCCGUCUCCGACAUCACCGUCAACGUGCGCAGCCGCCAGGGGCCGCAGUACAUGAACGGCAGUCAAGUCGCGAUGUUCGUCGCGCAGAAGUACGGCAGCGACGGCGUCUACACCGGCAGCGGCACCCCAACAGACAUCGACACCAACGUCCCCGUCCACCGCGAUGGGGAGCAGAAACAACAACUGCCGCCAUCUCCACAAACACAAAUACAACCACCAGCGCCAAUGUCCGGCGAGGGAUCACCAUCGGCGGAGCGCAGCGUGGCGUACUCCUCGCAGACGGACGCGGUCAAAUCACGGAUGAUCAGUCCAACGAGACGCAACAAUCCGUACGCCAUCACCACCGCAGAGGAGCGGCUCUCACCACCCCGCACGGAGUAA